AUGUCCUUUGUGCAAGCCCUCCUCUCCAAUCCCGCAAUCCCAGACCAAGACCGCCAAGAGGCUCUCGACAGAGCCUUCUCUGACCCCGGUCUGCCAACAACCAACGCUACAUCCUCCUUCUGGCUAAGCCCUCCACACCCUGACCUUGCCAAUGUCCAGUCUUCCACCUUCCCAUCCGAGGCCGAAGUCAUUAUUAUCGGCUCGGGUGUAACCGGCACCUCAGUCGCAAGGACUCUUCUCAAAUCCCGGAGGGCAGCGAAUAGGGAGACCAAACGGCCGGCCGUCGUCAUCCUAGAAGCGCGCAGCAUUUGCAGCGGUGCGACGGGCCGAAAUGGGGGGCAUAUUCUUGAGACGGCGGAGGAGUUUGCGGAUCUCGAAGACUUGUAUGGCCGCGAAGAAGCGAGGAAGAUCAUGAACUUUCGCCUGGCACAUUUACGCGAGAUCCUUGCUACCGCGGAGGAGUACGGCCUAACCAAGGAUUGUCAGGCGCGAAAGGUGCAGUUUCUGAGCGUCUAUUUCAAUGAAAAGGGGUGGAAAGACGCCCGAGAUCGGUUACGCCGGUUGAAGGAAGGGUUGCCCGAGGAGACCAAGGAAUGGACAGCAUAUGAGAGGGAAGAGAUUCCGGAAGAAUUUUGCCUUCCGCAUGCGCAUGGAAUAGUCGCUGGACCGGGAGGUGCGAUUUGGCCGUAUAGGUUUAUCACGGGGGUUUUGAGUCAGUUGCAGAAAGAGUUUCCGCAGGAUCUGGUGAUCGAAACAAAUACGCCUGUAAAAGGGAUCGAGGAGCAGACGGACGAAGGUGAUGGUUCACUGCGGUACACAGUUUCAACGUCAAGAGGCGUUAUCCGCGCUCGGCAUGUCAUUCAUUGUACGAACGCACAUGUCAGUCACCUUGUCCCGGGCCUCAGAGGCCGGAUCUACCCGAUUCGCGGGCAGAUGUCGGCGCAACAUGCAGGACAGGCAUUCCCCUGCCAAGGGGAGAAGCAUUCAUGGAUCUUCAACUAUGAUCGGGGGAUGGACUAUCUCACGCAGCUGCCACCGACAAAGACAGGCCCGAUGAUGAUGUUCGGAGGGGGAUUCGCCCAGGGAGAAGGAGGCGGAAUUGCUGACCUGGGGAUUGCUGCAGACUCAGAGCUCAGUCUGUAUGCUGACAUUCAUUUAUCAGGUGCAUUGAGCGCGGUGUUUGGUCGCGACAAUUGGGGGGUUGUUCCCAGACGCAGUGUGGAAAAGAUGUGGGCGGGAACUAUGGGCUUUAGUGCCGAUGGGCUUCCCUGGGUAGGUCCCCUUCCGGCAUCAGUGACCCACAGGGGACUCAAUAAAGAGGGUUGUGGAGCUGAAUGGGUUUCCGCUGCGUUCUCGGGAGAGGGAAUGGUGUUGGCAUGGUUGUGCGGCAAAGCCCUGGCGACACUGUUACUGAUACAUGAUGAUGUGUUGCUGGAAACUGAAUCUCGCGAUCUUUCCUGGGUUCCAAAACAAAUGCUGGUUACGGAAGAGAGGAUCGAGAAGGCGGUUUUACCACGUCAUGUACAAGACAUGUGA